UUUAGAGCGUAGCAAUGGCGGCCUGCUUUAGCGUGUGUAGGUUACAUAUGAGGGGAGCGGACAGGCUGCUUAAAUUAUGUCCAAACUCGGAUUUACAAGCACAGCGGAGGCUCGCUAGGACCACCUUUGCAACUAAAGCCCAGACAGUCAACAAGACGCUUCACGCUGCUCCAACAAGUGUUGAGUCCUUUUCCUCGAUCCAAGAUGAAAGACGUGAACGAGCUGAGAGGUCUGUCCUGAUCAGCUGCCCUCCCAAGAUCAACGAGAGAAAGUUUUUAGAUUACUUAUCUAAACAUGGGGACAUAAGAAACUAUUUCUUCUACCAGACCUAUGGCAUGUAUGCUGUGGUUGAGUUCUCCAGCAAAGAGAGCAUCGCAGCACUACAGGGAAGUUGUACCAUACCGAGUGUCCAGCACGAAGCUUCUGUGCCUUUCAAAUCUCGUCUGCUCUCACUAAAAUGGACUGGGUCAAUUGGACCAACCACGCUGAAUUGUCAAGAACAGUUGCCAAUUUCCAUUAAUGAGCUUAUCCAGCAGCUGUCCAAACAAGAGAGUAUAGAUCAGCAAAUGCAGUGCCUGACAGAGGCCUAUCAGCUCACAGAGGAAAACAUCAGUCUGCGCUUCUUAGUGUGCUCCCUGCUCAGAGACAUUGCUGCUGCUUAUUUCCCAGAGUGCAUCAUUAGGCCUUUUGGGUCCACUGUGAACAGCUUUGGAAAAUUGGGCUGUGACCUGGACAUGUUCUUGGAUCUGGAUGGGGUCAGUGGGCAGAAUAAGAAAAAGGGCUCAGGGCUUUCUCUAGAGUACCAGGUGAAGAGAGGAGCUUCCGAGCGGAACGUCACUCAGAGUAUCCUGUCUGUUAUCGCCGAGUGUGUGGAUCAAUUCAGUCCAGGCUGUGUGGGUGUCCAGAAAAUCCUCAAUGCACGAUGCCCACUAGUUAGAUUCUCACAUCAGCCAUCAGGCUUUCAGUGUGACCUCACAGCAAACAACAGAGUGGCGAUCAAAAGCUCGGAGCUGCUGUUUGUGUAUGGAUCGUUGGAUGCGCGUGUGCGGUAUCUGGUGUUUACAGUGCGCUGCUGGGCUCGUGUGCACGGCAUCACCAGCGGCAUUCCUGGAGCCUGGAUCACCAACUUCUCCCUUACAGUGCUGGUGCUGUUCUUCCUCCAGCAGAGGACACCUGCAGUGCUGCCCACUCUGGACCAGCUCAGAGACCUGGCAGGCCCAUCAGAUAAGUGUGUCAUCGAGGGAAAUGAUUGCACAAUUGUCAGUGACCUAAGCAAGAUUAAACUACAGGGAAACACAGACACACUAGAGAAGCUGCUGCAAGAGUUUUUUGAGUUUUAUGGCAGUUUUGCCUUCAACAGAAGCUCCAUCAACAUCAGGAAGGGAAUAGAGCAGAACAAACCUGAGGCAGCUGCUCUGCACAUCCAAAACCCAUUUGAGCCCAAUCUAAACGUUAGCAAAAAUGUUAACGCUACACAGAUAGAACGGUUUGUGGCACUCUGUCGAGAGAGCGCCUGGUUGCUCCAGCAGGGGGAAGUGCUUAAAAGAAGUGCUGCCCAGUCAGCUGACCAAAUCCCUCCAUGGGGUCUGGCUGCCCUCCUCUUGCCUUCAGUUGCUGAGUCUGCAGGGGUGAAAGGUCGCAGGAAGAAAAAACGUGAGCCAGCAAGUGAGAGGAUAAAGACUUUGCUGCAGUCCCUGAAGAGCGGCCGUGGAGGAGCAGGUGAGAAGCAGAGCAGUGACGAUCAACGCCACUAGAGGGCAGUAUGCUUCUUGACUUUGAAGAGAUCUAAGGAAGCAUUGAGGAACAUGUUUCUCUCUGCCUGAAUUGGUUAUACACUCAGAGAGGAUAUGGUCAAGGAUAAAGUCUUGAGAGGUGCAGCUGAGUGGGGCUGUGAUAAGUCCAGCCUGAUGAGGAGGAGUGGCUGUUUGACCCUUACACAGUAACUGCCUUUAAAAGGCCAAACCAGCCAGGUCUGUUUUAACCACAAGAACACUACAGAACCACAUCCACAAAACAUGCAAUGUUUAUGUUUACUACUCUCACACAGUUUCUGAUUGAGGUGUUGAGGGGUAUUUUUAGGUGUCUUUAAAAAGGAUGUCUGAGAGCCUGCUGUUUCUGUUCAAGGUGAACAGUGGUCAAGGUUCACUUGUCUUGGCUUCAUACUCACUCAGUUCCUCUUUAAAAGAUUUCUGGUACUGAAGUGCCAGUCAGACAGCUGUAAUCCAGAUCCCUAUAGAGUGUCUGUGGUCUUGGGAAACAUGAACUUCACCUUUGAAGGUAAGCGUAUAAGUGUACAUAUAAGGUAGAAAUGCAGAUCUACCUUUAUCCCACAUGUAUAAAUAACAAAUGUUUUGUAUCGUAUUAAAUAACACUUUCACAA